CUUUCUCCUUCCCUCUAGCCUCCAGCGUCUGUCUCCAGGAUUUCUCUCUUCCUAUUUCAGGAGGACUCUCACAGGCUCCCUCAGCCUGUGCGAAGCUGAGGUUUCCCCUGGAUCUCGUAUAUCCCCAACACAUACCUCCACGCACACACGUCCCCGAGAACCCCGCGCUCACACCGACACACACUCGCGCGCGCACACCCUCGCGGUCGCCUGUCCAUCUCCCUCCCGGGAGAGCCGGCGCGCGUCUCCACCUUCGCCGCACACUCCCGCUAGCCGAGCUCGCAGCGCGCUAGGAUUCUUGCGGCUCGGAACUCGGAUCGCAGCGCUCAACCCCUAUGGUGGUUUUUGGAAACAUUUCUUUUCCUCCUUUUCCUCGUUUUUAUUGCACCGUUUUCGGUCUGGGGAACUAGAGGAGCGAGGCGGCUGCUUUCCCAGCCAGCCCCGGUUGGCUUUGCCAUCCUCCAUCAGGCUUAUAAAAGUUUGCUGAGCGCAGUCCAGAGGGCUGCGCGGCUCGUCCCCUCGGCUGGCGGAAGGGGGUGACGCUGGGCAGCUGCGAGGAGCGCGCCGCCGGCUCUGGCGGGCUUUCGGCUGGAGGGGCAAGGUGAAGAGCGCACGGGUCCCGGGGUUCACGGAGCUGGAUUUGCAUGUUGCACCAUGCCUUCUUGGAUCGGGGCUGUGAUUCUUCCCCUCUCCGGGCUGCUGCUGUCUCUCCCUGCCCGGGCGGAGGUGAAGGCUCGGAGCUGCGGCGAGGUCCGCCAGGCGUACGGUGCCAAGGGAUUCAGCCUGGCGGACAUCCCCUACCAGGAGAUCGCAGGAGAACACUUGAGAAUCUGUCCUCAAGAGUACACAUGCUGUACCACGGAAAUGGAAGACAAGCUCAGUCAACAGAGCAAGCUGGAGUUUGAAAACCUGGUGGAGGGGACAAGCCACUUUGUGCGCACCACGUUCGUGUCCAGGCACAAGAAGUUUGACGAGUUUUUCCGAGAGCUCCUGGAGAAUGCAGAAAAGUCAUUAAAUGAUAUGUUUGUACGGACCUAUGGAAUGCUAUACAUGCAGAAUUCGGAAGUGUUCCAGGACCUCUUUACAGAACUUAAGAGAUACUACACAGGGGGCAACGUGAACCUGGAGGAAAUGCUCAAUGACUUCUGGGCUCGGCUCCUGGAGCGGAUGUUUCAGCUCAUCAACCCCCAGUAUCAUUUCAGCGAGGACUACCUGGAGUGCGUGAGCAAAUACACAGACCAGCUGAAACCGUUUGGAGAUGUUCCCCGGAAGCUGAAAAUUCAGAUCACCCGCGCCUUCAUUGCUGCGCGGACAUUUGUCCAAGGGCUGACCGUGGGCAGAGAAGUUGCAAAUCGAGUGUCCAAGGUCAGCCCAACCCCAGGCUGCAUCCGUGCCCUCAUGAAGAUGCUAUACUGCGCUUAUUGUCGAGGACUCCCCGCUGUGAGACCAUGCAACAACUACUGCCUCAAUGUCAUGAAGGGCUGCCUGGCAAAUCAAGCUGAUCUCGACACCGAGUGGAACCUGUUUAUAGAUGCCAUGCUCUUGGUGGCAGAGCGACUGGAAGGACCAUUCAACAUUGAGUCAGUCAUGGACCCAAUAGACGUCAAGAUCUCUGAAGCCAUUAUGAACAUGCAGGAAAACAGCAUGCAGGUGUCUGCAAAGGUGUUUCAGGGAUGUGGCCAACCCAAACCUGCUCCAGCUCUCAGAUCUGCUCGCUCAGCUCCUGAAAAUUUUAAUACACGAUUCAGGCCUUACAAUCCUGAGGAAAGACCUACCACUGCUGCUGGCACGAGCUUGGACCGGCUGGUCACAGACAUAAAAGAGAAACUGAAGCUCUCUAAAAAGGUCUGGUCGACAUUGCCCUACACCAUCUGCAAGGACGAGAGCGUGACGGCGGGCACGUCCAACGAAGAGGAAUGUUGGAAUGGGCACAGCAAAGCCAGGUACUUGCCUGAGAUCAUGAAUGACGGGCUGACCAACCAGAUCAACAACCCGGAGGUGGACGUGGACAUCACGCGGCCCGACACGUUCAUCAGGCAGCAGAUCAUGGCUCUCCGCGUGAUGACCAACAAACUGAAGAAUGCAUACAAUGGCAAUGACGUCAACUUCCAGGACACAAGCGACGAAUCCAGCGGCUCGGGGAGCGGCAGUGGGUGCAUGGAUGACGUGUGUCCUACAGAGUUCGAGUUUGUCACCACCGAGGCCCCCGCGGUGGAUCCCGACCGGAGAGAAGUAGACUCUUCUGCCGGCCAGCCGGGCCACUCCCUGCUCUCAGGAUCUCUCGCCUGCGUCGCCCUGGCACUGCAGAGCCUGUGCAGAUAAUCCUGGGUUUUCGGUCAGAUGAAACUGCAUUUUAGCUAUUGGAAUGGCCAACUCACUUCUUUUCUUACACCCUUGGACAGUGGACCAUGCCACAAAAACUAACCGGUUUCCGAGAAGAGGGCAGUACUGUACUCUGCCUCCCUUUUUGUUUUCCCAAAGAGUACCGGGCGCCAGACUGGACUGCUUCCUCUUUCCUUCAGCUAUCUGUGGGGACCUUGUUUAUUCUAGAGAAUUCUUACUCCAAUCUUUCGUACCAGGAGAUUUUCUUACCUUCAUUUGCUUUUAUGCUGCAGAAGUAAAGGAAUCUCACGUUGUGAGUUUUUUUUUCCCCCCAUUAAAAAAAAAAAUAGAAAGAAAAGAUCAUUUUCCUUGCAAAAUCAGGCCAAACCCCAAGACAACUGCAAUUGGAACAAAGAAGCAAACAAGAGAGAAAAAUAAAAGAGCUUUAAUGCCAUAAGUUUGGCAUUGCCAGCCAGCUCCCAGUGUAAGCUUUUCAGUAACAAAUCAGGGUUACAAAAUGCUUAUGGAGAGAAAGUUUGACAUUUUUUUCAUGUAAUGAAAAAACACUGUUGUCUUGGAGGUCUUGCACGCUAACCACACAAUGCCCCAGCUGAUUUGGAGGUACUGAGGGUAAAUUUAGAAUUCCAUCUUUACUAUGAUAGAAAAAUUUGCUAUAUAGCUCAGCACCUCUCUCUUACCUUGCCCGAUUUCAAUUUCAGUAAUGGUAUCAUUUUUCUUAAUUCUUUUAAUUAUACACUUUAUAAUACAGUGUCUGUCCACUGUAUCCAAUUGGCACAGACUUUUUGCUUCAUUUUCAGUUACUAGUGGACACCGGCCUGAACUCAUCCCCCUCAAGGGUCUGAAAUGAAAUCAUCAACAAUACAAUCUCUUUGCUUUAGCCACAGGCUUGACAGGAAUCAGAUGUUUCUGCCCUGUGCUCAUUACCCUCCCCAAAGAAGAGUUCUUUUAAUGAACAGAAGAAGAAUUCGAUCCAUAAGUGAGUUUUCAUUUUUAACUAUUUACUUUGUGUCAAUUGGUUUCUGCAUCACAAGGGCAUUCUCUUACAAAAUAACUCACAACAACAAAAAACGUCAAGACAAAAAAAUAUAUAUAUAGUAUUGACAUGGAGAUUUCUUUCACUUUUUUAGUCUUAGUAUGAUCAUCUAUUUUUAUAUCUAUAUAUAUAUAAAUCACAGAUUUUAACUUCUUAAUUCCAAGCUCAGGGUUGACACACCUUUGUAACGAAAAUGUUUUGUCAACCAGCUCUUCUUGUUUUGUGCUGCUCAGAGAAGGGAUUCCUCAUUUAUCUGUGAGCACCAAGAAUCAAGAAAGAGAACUUUUUACGUAUCUAACUGUCCAUUUAUUAAAAGUUUGCCAGGGCACACCUUUCUCGCAUGAGUGUGCUUUGCCCUGGGUGCUCCACACUGUACCUAACUCAUGGGCAGAGCCAUGGGUGUGCAGAACUGUACCGGUCGUGGAAACUGUAUGUGCAAGGAAUGUGUUAUUCAUGCAAAACCAUUGCUUUCAGGACAACGCCUUCAGCCUAGGAUUCCUGCUUGGCACUUGGAGAGAUGUCCUAAUUUAACAGGCUGAUUUAUAGCCUAACUCUUCCACCAGGUGUGCCAAAGCCAGGCAUGAUGCUCCCCUUGAUAGAGAGAAGCAAAAUAAACCAAACUGGGGCUUUAUGAAUACAGUUGGCUAUCCAUGUUUUUUAUUUUUUUGGUUUCUAUGAUGCUUCUGGGGUUGGGAAAAGUAAUGUUUCAAGACACCAUAGUAUGCCAGUCACAUGUUAACUAACCCAUUGGCAGUCAUGACACAUAAAUGGUAUUUUUUAUCUCCAUAUUCAUCAAAAUUAUAAUUAGUUAUCAAUUUAGUCAUCACACUUAAGUAGAACACAUGCAGCACAAUAGUAUUAAGUAUAUUUGAGCACUUUUGCAAAACUGAAAGUAUUUAGAAGCAUCUCUUGCUAUUGUAUGCCUAACAAAAUAUGGAACGUAGGAUUUUGAGAGACUUUUUGGCAUCUUUUCAUUUAAAUCUUUAAGAAAUUAACACUUAAUCUAAUUUGGCAUUCCAUACUUCUAGAAAACCAUUCAUUUCACUGCCAAACUUCAGCUUCCUAGCACCAAUUACACAUAAAGCAUCUCUAUGAAGGACCAAUCAUUUAUGUUGCUCAUUGCAUUGUAUGUUCAGAAAUCAGUAUUGUCUUUCUCCAGUAAUUAAGGUGCAAUACAAAUUAAAUCAAUCUUGAUUUUCCAGAAUAUUUGAGUCAUCACUUGUUUUCGUAGCUUUAAGCUCCAAGUCUUUCCUUUUAAAAAAAUAUUUCUGCAUUGCUUUCUGUGAAAUAGACCCAAAUGCCUUGUUUUCCCUGUGCUUUCACCCCCAGAGGGCUUUGUGCAUGUGUGUGAAUACACCUUAUAUUAAUGAAUGUGAACCCAUGUUCUGUACACACUAAACACACCAAUAGUAUAUAAAUGCCUGCUUCAUUUGUUUCCACACCUUUGUUAUCAAUAUUAUUCAUAUUGGUGAGCUAUAGUGAACUAUAUGAGCCAGGCAGAAAGCUGACAUCACUAUCAGUUAAUGAUGCCACAGUAAUCGUCACCCGCAGGGAUGUGGUCAAAAUACUAUUCAAAUUGUACUUCCUGCUUUUUAAUCAUCAUCCCACCCCAUCAUAUGAUUUUUUAGACUAAUUUGACAUGAGAAUUUUUUUGUACCCUAAGAGAAUUAGCUUAAUCUAGUUAACCCAUUUCAGUAAGUAUUUUGGAAUUUCUCCCUCCCUGCACCACCAAAUUAAUUUCUCUCAUUUUAGCAUAGUGAUAGGGGAUGUGAUGAUACUCCAUUGUUUUUCCUGACCUACCCUCACUUGCUCUGAAGUCCCCUAAAUUCUGUAAUCACAUCAUAACCUCUGUUAUGAGUAGAGAGGAACGGACUCACUGAAAUCGGACACUAGGAACAGUUGGGUGAUGCUCAUAACUGCAAACACUUAGCUUAUUGAAGUGCCUCUAUUUACAUGUUCCUUAGUUAUAAUAUGUAUUUUUCUAACAGAAAUACACGUCUGUAACUGGUGUAUAUUAUACUUUGUAUAUGUUAUAACAAAACCUAAACAGAGGCUAAAGUCUUAAGCAGAGAAGAAUGGAUUGCAAAUUCAUGAGUUCGAGCUCCGCUUAUGGUUCUGUAUUAAAGGACAGACACGAUGACCUUCUCUCAUUUGAAUGAAGGUCAAGUCAGGACUUUGAUCAGAGCCAUCAUAGAACAGCAUUAGCGCUAGCAAUCUGACUCCCUUACAGUGUCUUAACCAGAUCAAUAUCUUGUAUUACUUGCUUUAAUUGUAAGGGAUAGAAAAUACUACUUUGCCUACACCAAAAAACAUGAUUAUUCAUUGACAAGCAGUAGUCAUUGUAAAAGUAGCGUUCUGUAAAUCAAACACACUGAAAAUAUUAUCAGAUGCAGAGCCCUGAUGUUUAAUUUAUAUUCCCUGCUGCAGACAUUAGCCUACUUUAAUUCUUUAGCCAUUACAUACAUGUUUUGGCUAUACACUGAACACCUACUAACGUCCUCAAGGAGGAACAAAACUUUGGCAGAUUCCUGAGUUGUGAUUCUUUGAUUACUUCUCUUUGCAAGGCUGAUUAUCAGGUGGUUGGAUGAAUGGUGGAAGGGUUAGCAAGUGCAAGUUUUGACUUGCCCAAAACUUGCAGAAAUUCAAACUCAUUUACUUACAGUCACUAACCAAUCUGACUUCUAACUUUAGAAAAAGAGUGGAGGAGAGGAGGAGUUUAGCUUUGCUAACAGAAGAGUAAAGGAGACCAUAACUUAUAAAUUUGCAGUGUGUUCCUCCUUGGCGGAGACAUUAGCCAGUGUUUGGUUUUAGGCCAAGUUCUACAAAGACAGUAUUGAUUUGUAUGCAUCCUGGAGCCUUGCUAUAACACAGUUUGCUACAGCACGGGACUCAGCCUAGCAUGGGGCCAUUUGAACCUCAGUGAAGGUUGCAUAGGUACUGGAAUCUUUGACAUUGCCUUGUAACGAGGUACUUCGACGAAAAGACAGCUCAAGUUGGCGUGGUAGUGAGGUCUCCGUAUGCAUAUGCAUAACAUAUAUGCAGGACAAAUGUGUGCACCAAUCAAACCUAAAAUUUUAUGUGACUGUCAAAUGAAUAUGAUUUGGGUUAAGAUUUUUCAUUUCUGAUUUGGAUAGAAAAUUGCUAUUAAUCUUGUAUUAAAAUAGUUUUUAAAAAUCUA